UAAACAUUAAUCGUUGUAGUAAUUUUUAAGUCUAAAUUUUCUAACUUAAAGCAACAGAAAUGUUAUAGAACAAGAUCCAUAAAUGCCAUCUAAUUGAAAACCAAUUUCACCGGUUGAUAAAUCAGUGGUAACAACUAAAUUUUAAUAAAUCAGGAGUAAAAAAAUCGACAAAAUAUCCUUGACUUACUAAGGGUUUUCAUCAUGGCUGUUAAAGUUUCGAUGGACGCGCGGAGGAAAAUCUCAGAACAGUUAGAGAGGGAAGAAGAGCAGAAAAGGGCCCAGAAGAAAGCUAUUGAAGAACAAGAACUUAAAAAGUUAACAACUCAGGCAAGAAUGAUGAAAGAAUCUAAAUUGAGAGACGCUGUUGCAGAAAAACAAGCAAAAGUUAAGAAUAUUCUGGUAAAAGAGAAAGUUUCCUUGGAAGACAACCUGAGGGUGAUGAACACCGCCCAAAGGUGCUUAAAGGACACUAGACAAGCCCGGGAAAUAGCAAAUCUCUUUGCUAAGAGAGACCACCUAGACGCUGCGAUUGCACAAGAGAAGAAGAACUUGGAAGAGUUAGAAUACCAAAUACGGAAAGAUUCGCAAAACAUUCAGGCGGUAAAGAAAAACCACGGAUUCGCUGUUGCCAAGAGUGAAUAUCUGCAGAAAACAGAGGCAGAACAGGCUGACAGGUCUUUGCAAGCUUGGAGCUCGAGAUUAGCUGCGGAAAAAGCCCAGCUGGCGAUGGUUAUAAAAUCCAACGAAGAGAUGAGAAGUAAGUUGCAGCGUUUGAUAAAAGAAAAGGGGCAGUUUAAUAAACUUUUUGGAGAACUCAUGGAAAAACUUACGAAAGGGAAAGGCAUCAUGGUAGAUAUAGUGGAGCGAUCCCGUCAAAACUUCAAGAAAAGAGACGACGUACACCGCAAAAUUGAGGCUCUCAGAAGUCGGGACAAAGUUGAUUUGUCAAAGCGGAUGGAAGAAAUGCAAGAACUCGAGAUCAGGCUGGAUCAUGAUACAAGACUCAACAAUUUCAGAAUGAGGGUACAACAAAUGAGGGAGAAACUUUCGAAAGAGCAGGGGAGGAGCAGCUGUAACUCCGAAGAGCAAAAAAAGCUGGCACAUAUGUUGGAGACUGCGAACGAUUUUUUGGUAAAACUACAAGAGUUCACUGGACUGACCACUUCUGAGGAGAUAAGCAACCAUAUCGUCGCUGAGGAAUCCAAACUUUUCAGCAUGUUCAACUUAAGCAAUGAAAUACGAGAUCAGCUGGAGGUGUUGACAUACAAAACCGCUGAGCUAGUGUCAACCGUCAACGAGGAGAGGGAGACCGCUGAACAAUAUCUAAUUGAUAGUAAAAGCCAUAACAAAGAAAUGCAUGACAAACUUGGACGUAUGGAACAUGAACUGAACGAUAUGCAAGAUUUCUACGAUGCCAACCGUCGUGUCUUCAAUAGGCUGUUGGAUAAGACACAGGGUCUGUGCGACCUUUUGCAUUGCAACACGUCCGUUUUACGGGAUCUUUUAGGUGAGAACUCUGAGGUCACCCAACACAACUUCCCGAUGUUCCUGAACCUGUUGGAGACCGAGGUAAUCUCUGCCUUGGAUACCCUGACCCAUCACCUCCCGUGGGUCUUCGCCACUAGUGGCGUCAUGUCCACAGUCAGCAAGUCGGAGAAGUCCUUGUACUUCUCCGGAGUCGAGGAAAAGUCUACGGUGCUGGUCAAGAAGGUGGUGACUCGCCACUGUUUUGAGUGUAACGGAAGGAAAACGAAAAUGCUCUAAAACAUAAUGCUGGAUAUGCACAAUCUACAAGUCUUCGUUAUGAAAGGAGAAAUACCAAAACGGAUCUCUACCAACAAUAUUGUAUGCUAGGGAGGCAAAAGUUUUGUAAAUUUGUGAAUUAAAACAAAUAC